UUUGAGAGAGGAAAUGCUCCCCCAUGAAACCUGUACCCUUGUUCAAAACUGAAAAAGUUGUAAAGAAUCUCUUCACCAAAAAAGAAACGGGACCUCAGUGGAGACAUCAAAGCUUUUUGCCAGAGGUGAAGUACCAACCUGAUAUGUAAAUACAAAUAUGCAAAAAUCUGUAUUUUCAGCUGACCUAUGGAAAAGAAUCAGGAGAACCAAACCAACUUUGUUGGAUUCAUCCUCCUGGGUUUUUCUUCCUCUCCAGAGUUUCAAGGACUACUUUUUCCUGUUUUCCUUUGUAUGUACUUGCUUUGUCUGCUGGGAAACCUCAUGAUAAUCCUGCUGAUCCUCUCCAGUGCCAGCCUCCUCCAUGCUCCCAUGUAUUUUUUCCUCUGUCACCUGUCAUUGGCUGAUCUCGGAUUGAGCUCCACUAUUGUACCCCAAAUGCUGCAGAGCCUGCUGUCCCACACAAACUUCAUAUCCUUUAGUGGUUGCCUGACACAGAUGUAUUUCUUUGUGAGCUUCUGUGCAGCAGAUAACUUUCUCCUGGCCUCCAUGGCAUAUGACCGCUACGUAGCCAUUUGUCGUCCAUUGCAUUAUGCAACAAUCAUGAGCUACAGGCGUUGCAUACAGCUGGCUGCUGCAUCUUGGCUCCUGGCUUAUGCCCACUCCCUACUGUAUGUCCUUUCAAUGUGUAAUUUUAAGUUUUGUGCUUCCCGAGAGAUUCCCCAUUUCUUCUGUGACCUCCAUCCUUUGCUGAAGCUCUCCUGCUCUGACACCUCAUCUGUUGAAAUGCUGCUUGUUACUGAAGGCACUGCAUUUCUUCUUGGACCCCUUUUGCUGGUUAUUUUUUCCUACCUUUUCAUUGUAUUCAAAGUUUUGAAAAUACCCUCAGGCCUCAGGAAAUACAAGGCCUUCUCCACCUGCAUCUCCCAUCUUACUACGGUUGCUUUGUUUUACGGGGCCCUGUUAGGCAUCUACAUCCGCCCGUCCUCCACUUAUGCUGGGUCAAAAUUGAAAAUUGCAUCCAUAUUAUACACAGUGGUGACUCCCAUGCUCAAUCCUUUCAUAUACAGCCUGCGGAACAGUACAAUGCACGAGGCUAUGAAAAGAAUAUUAAGAGGCUGGUUUCAGAAGAGAUGACCUGUAAUGAAACUGAAGCUGCCGCAAAAGAAAUUGCAAAUCAACUGGAAAACCAGUAAGCAUGGCACUCAGACAAAAUAUGAGAUUUUUUUUAUGGAACCUUUGUUUUUCCAGAUUGAAAAUAAAAGCCCUAUCUUUUUUUUCCCUUCCAAUAAAAACAGGGCAAGUUUCUCUAAGAAGGCCAACUGAUGGUUGUAAACUUCAUAUAUUAUGUCUUUCAUUUUGAAAUGUAAAAGUGAAUUCUUACGGUGACUCUGCAAGAUGAUGUUUUUAUGCUAUAUUGUUACUAUAAUAAAGGACACUAUUGGCUCUGAAGAUUAUCCCAUAAAUCUUUAGUCUUAUGUUGGUAAUCUCAGUAUAUCUUGUAUAAUCUUUAAAUUUCCUGAAUUUCCAGAAUAUUCACAUUUUACAUUUUGGCUUUCAAUGUUCGUGUUUGAAUGAAAUAAUAAGCAUGAAUUACUUAAUAGCAUGGGAUUAUACCUUUGCCAAUAUGAAUUUAUUUUAUCAAUAUGAAUCUAUGUUUUUACUCUGCUGUGAAGCAAAUUUUCUUUUGCACGCUUAUGAGAAAUGAAUCUUCAUAUCAUGAAAAUAUGGGUCCCAUGAAGACAGAUCUCCAUCAAGUCCUGGGAAUGCUUUCCUCCAGACUUCCUGCCUCUCUUUAAAUCUUUUUAAACUCCUUCACAGUCUUCCAGCUCUGGCUGCCAAUGACACAUUCUCAUCAAAUGGUUAUCGCCUCUGAAAGGAGGCCUUGCUACACUUUGUGAUGUGUUCUGCUAGGUGUCAAUAAAUGCUUUUACUUCUUCCAUUCA